AUGUACAUACCCCGCCGUGACCCAAAUUUCUCAAAUGUCAGCAUUUCACCCGUAGAGAAAGAACGUGUUGCACUUAUGGAUAUUGAUGCUUUACUUCGUCAAAAUGGAAAAAGCAUCCAUGACUUCCCUUCUUUGCCAAUUCCAGGUAUGUCAGCACCUAUAGAUGUUGGAAACAACUUGAUUAUGCAGGAGUUAUCUUACGACAUAAAUGGAAGACAUUCCUAUGGAAUGCAUUGGCAUCAUCGUUACGAGCACAAAGCAAAAUUGUACUUAAUUGCAUCAAGUGGUAUUGCUGCUACAUUACUACCUUCUGGAAGGACAGCUCACUCGAGGUUUGCAAUCCCUAUUCAAGUUAAUGAAACCUCAAUGUGCUCUAUUAGUCAGGGUUCUCCGUUGGCAAAAUUACUUGAAUGCACUAAGCUCAUUAUUUGGGAUGAAGCUCCGAUGGUGCAACGUUAUUGCAUUGAAGCAUUUGAUCAUUCACUGAAGGAUCUAAUCCAUUCAAAUCUUCCAUUUGGAGGGAAAUGCAUAAUAAUGGGAGGUGAUUUUCGUCAAAUACUUCCUGUGGUUCCAAAAGGUUCAAGAGCAAGUGUCGUUAAUGCAUGUAUAUGUUCCUCAUAUUUGUGGAGUAGUUGUACCAUUUUCACCUUAACAAAAAACAUGCGAUUGACAACGUUGGGAAGUGAAGAAGAUAAGAAGAAACUAGAGUGGUUUUCCAAAUGGCUAUUAGAUGUUGGUGAUGGCAAGUUAGGGGAGCCAAAUGACGGUACUACUGACAUUGAAGUGCCUAAAGCACUGUUAGUGAAUGAUUAUGAAGAUACAAUUGAAGGUAUUGUCUCAGUAAUUUAUGGUGAUGUCAUUGCAAACCUGUCAAAACAAUGA